UUCCCAAUCGGGUGUCUGGCAACACUGCAACCAGCCGCAAUAAACAGCUGCUUUGGCUGAUUUUAUAACAAAUUUUGUUUUGUGCAUUGGAAUUCAAAACAACCACUUGUAAUACUCAAAGUUCUUAUAAAAUGAUGCGCUACGAAGGCAACGAAAAGCUGGCGGAUGAAACAGCCUGUGCUGGCGUCCGUGCAGAUCUGAAAAUGUGCUUGCUGGAGAGCGACUGUUGUCGUUUGGAUCGCAAGACGCCCCGACAAUGCCUGCAGGACAACAAUGUGCCGCCCGAGUGUCAGGUGCUGCGAAACACCUUUUAUGAGUGCAAACGCUCGUUGCUGGAUAAUCGGCAACGCUUUCGCGGCCACAAGGGCUACUAAAAACUCAGCAUGGUGUCUCCGGAAACUUUAAACUUAUUUUAUUUGUUACUUAGCGUUUACUAAAUACAACACGAAUUAG